GCAAACACAUUCCCAUCCAUCUCAACAACUACUCUUCGCAACUGGAACAACGUCCAAAGAAUUUCUACAAUUCACCUCUAACCAUCUAAAACUUCCACAAAAUGGCACCAAAAGCCCAACGUGUAGUUGUCGAGCGCUCCGGCCGUCGCGCCGCUCAACCAAAAGGUUAUUUCGCAAGCACAUAUACUGCAUUGACUGCGCCGGAGAAUGCGAGCGUGGUGAGAAGUAUUGGAGUUUUUGGCAUUGCGGUUGCGUUUUUCUCGAGCAGUUGGAGCGAGUAUCUUUUGCCUCCUUUGUAAAGAAUGAUGGGGCGAAAAAUGGGGUUGAAAUAUCGAGGUACGGAAUGAUGAGGGAGAGGAAUGGCGGAUGAGUGAUGAGGGGAUACCUUUAAUGACGACAAUGUGUACAAUGGAUUGGGUCGCAGAUCAAUAUACAGCAGUGGGAAAAAGUGUAUGAUAGGAUGCAUGAUGCAUGGGCGGAUAUGAAAACGAUGAUAUAUGAUAUGAUAUCGCGAGGACGACUCAGAAAAUUCGGAAUGUGUAUGUAUACAUUGGGAUGGAAUAUGAGGUGUGGAUACUUAUUGAUGAAUGGAUCUCUA